GUCCCAUUUGUUACCAUAUGAAAUGCUUUUAUUGUGAAGGUUCGGGCAAACGGAGCAACAACCAGCUGAUCUUUCACCGCUGAGCUUUCGUGUCGUCAGUGAUAUUGACGCCACAUUACCCUGAAGGUGCUAAGGUCAAACGUCAUGGCCCCGACUUUGUACGAUGAGAAACCAAUGCCUGGCGACUUGAUAGAAAUCUUCCGUGGCUCCUAUCAACACUGGGCUGUUUACGUUGGUGAUGGCUUCAUUGUUCACUUGGCACCACCCUCUGAGGUCCCAGAAGCAGGUGUCAACAGUAUGAUGUCUGUCAUAACCGAGAAGGCUAUGGUGAAGAAAGAGGAACUGUGGGAUGUGGUCGGAACCAACCGAUGGACAAUCAACAACGGCCUGGAUGAAAAGUAUGAGCCUCGCCCAGCUCGUGCCAUAGUGAAGGAGGCCUGUGGGCUGGUGGGCGAGGAGCUGCCGUACUGUCUCUUCAGGGGGAACUGUGAGCACUUUGCUAACGAGCUGCGCUACGGCAAAGCCGAGUCCCGGCAGGUGCGUAAAGCAGGAGAGACCGCCGUGGCCGUGGGCGUAGCGGCUGUGGUCGGUCUGGGAAUCGUUGCCCUGGCAGGAGCUCUGUUCGGAGGCAGCAAGAAGGAAAACAGGAACAAGCAUUGAAGUGACAGGUCACCUGUUUAGUCACCAGCAAGGCCUAAGUCACACUGAUCAACUCAAGUAACACUGCCUAAUUUCACACAAACGCCAAUGAUUAAACGGGAACCCUGGUUAAUUCCUGCCUUUGUUUACUGAACUGGCCUUUAUCUGUCCCUCAUUCUCUUUGGUUUGAUGCAGAGUUAAAGCCGGUUGGUUUAAGUUUGAGGUCCGAUGUCAACAUUUCUGCACACAGAAGCACAACAAUGAUUAAGCUGCAUGGGAAAAACUUACUAAAACAAGAAGGUUUGAAGUUCCCUGAGGAGUUUGGAUUUAUAAGGAUGAGGUUUUAUGAUAUUUAAAACUAAAAGUAAUUUUAGUUACAAGAGAGAUUUCGAAAUUAUAUAUAGAUUAAAUGUAAAUUACUUUGUAAUUUAAAAGGUUUAUUAUGUUGUUUUCAUAGUUGUCACAAUGUAAAAUAAAUAAUAUUUAACUGUUUGAAAAUAUUUACAAUAAAGAUCAUUUAUCUGAA